AGCGAAAGCAGUUUCAUGUGGCUUGCUCUCUUAUCACCAGCUUCCUAACUCGUCAAGAGUCAAGACGUCCCGCCUGCAUCCAAUUUUAGACCAGCUUCAAUCCUUCAAAUGCUGCAGACGCCAUGAUUGGUUGCUGCACAUCCAGCUCCUGAACAUCGCAUCACUACAAAACCACGCGACACCUCUCUUGCCAUGUGGGUAUUACUGACAUCUGGUCAGUAUGAAUUCUGCUGUUUGCUCGCCUGCUGCUGACAGUGCUUUCGGACCUGCGGUCGAGGGUUGCCGACGAAGCUUCGACUUUACAUUCGCUUUCGAGUCGUACUUUUUCUCCAUCGUGCCUUCUGUCCUGUUGCUUUGUUUCGCUCCUCUGAGAUUGAAGACCUUGAGUCGUAUCCGACCUAAGAUUCAAGCCAAUGCUUUCAAAUAUGUCAAAUUGUCUGUUAUUGCAGUUCUUGCUAUCCUUCAACUCACCUUGAUUGGUCUUUUCGCCGAUAGCCCUCAGCUUCAAGCAUGGAAACCGGCAACGGCAGCUUCAGUACUUUCUUUUGCUUCCAGUAUUGCCGUUCUUACUCUAUCGUACAUGGAACACUCGCGCUCGCUGCGGCCAUCAAUGCUUCUCAACGCCUACCUCUUCAUCACCACAAUGUUCGAUGCUGCUACCCUUCGCACCCUCUGGCUCCUUACACACUUAUCGCCUCGCAUCCGCAAUAUCUUCACCAUAGCCUUUGUUAUCAAAACCGUGGUUCUAUUGCUCGAGGCAAGAGGAAAGAGAAGCUACGUCAAAACCGAGCGGAAUAAGAGCCCAGAAGAUUUCAGUGGGCUGUAUGGGCAAGCUUUGUUGUCGUGGUUGAAUGGGCUGGUCUGGAGGGGCGCGAGACAUCUUUUAAAGCCUGAGGAUUUGUAUGACAUUAGCGAGGAUAUAGCUUCUGAGGGGUUGAGUAAGAGAUUCAUCGAUGAGUGGGAGUUACAGUCGAAGACUGGAUCAGCAGAUCUGAAGAAGGUCAUCUUUCAACUACUCAAAUGGCCGAUACUGGUCCCAAUCGUUCCUAGGCUGGCACUUCUAGCUCUUACAUUCUGUCAACCUAUACUGCUUAAGCGACUACUAGACUAUAUCAACAACUCGGACGCAGAAAGCGUGAACAUAGGGUACGGGCUCAUUGGCGCCUACUUCAUCGUCUAUGUUGGACUUGCGACGACCUCUGCCAUGUACUGGCACCGACAUUACAGAUUUCUCAGCAUGCUUCGAGGAACACUGAUAACAUCGGUCUACAGCAAAGCAAUAAACCUCAGUACUGUUGAGAAAGAUAACAAGGCAUCCCUCACGUUGAUGAGCACUGAUGUCGAGCGAACAACUCGGGGCCUUAUCGAUCUGCAUGAGAUGUGGGCAAAUAUUCUUCAGGUUGCUAUUGCUACAUGGUUAAUCGAGAUUGAGCUGGGUGCUGCUUGUGUUGGUCCUGUCAUCAUUGCUCUAGCUGCGACCGGUACCACUAUCUGGUUCUCUGGAUACACAAACUCAUUCCAACUUCGCUGGAUCGACAAGGUCCAAGAGAGAAUUGGCAUCACUACUUCCAUACUCGGUUCCAUGAAGGCUAUCAAGCUUGCUGGACUGAACAUUCGUGUGUCGAAUUUGUUACGUCGGUCUCGUGUCACCGAACUUGAUGCUGCAACACGCUUUCGCACACUCUCAGCCGUUUCGGUUGCGAUAGGCAAUGUUCCUCAGCUCAUUGCUCCGGUUCUGACGUUUGCAAUCUAUAUCGGCAUAUCUUCUAAGGAUCACCAUGCACUCGAUACGACCAAACUGUUCACUUCGCUUGCUCUGAUCCUGCUUGCCUCGGAACCCUUGUUUAUGCUGAUGGGUGGUCUUAUAGAGCUACGGUCGGCCAUUGGAUGUUUUGCACGACUGGAGUCCUUUUUACAUUCGCAAUCUCGAAUUGAUACUCGGACGCUCAUAUCUCCUAGCAACAACCACAAGCAACCUAGCGAUAGAGCCGUUCUGGCUCAUCCUGAUGCUAUUGUUACGCACAACGCAUUAUUUGGUUGGAAAGAAGGAAAUCCACCUAUUAUCAAGAACAUUAGUCUUCGCGUACCUCCAUCGAAACUGGUCAUGGUUGCCGGUCCCGUAGCCUGUGGUAAAAGUACAUUGUUGAAAGGUCUACUUGGCGAGACACCUCUGUCGGAGGGACGAGUCGAACUCUCGAGUUUCAAUAUUGCUUAUUGCGAACAAACUGCUUGGCUCACGAACGCAUCCAUUCAGCGCAACAUUAUCAACUUCUCAGCAUUCGACUCCGACCUUUACUCGUCAGUGAUACACGCAUGCGAUCUUGACAGUGAUCUGGAGGCAUUGCAAAAGGGCGACGCAACCGUAGUUGGGAGUAAGGGGUUUGCAUUAAGUGGUGGACAGAAACAAAGAAUCGCUUUGGCUCGCGCAGUGUAUGCGAGAUGCUCAAUCAUCGUCCUGGACGAUGUUUUUAGUCAACUCGACUUGAGUACUCAGUCCAUCAUAUUCGGACGUCUUCUGGGUCCGCAAGGUCUGCUACGCAGAUGGAAGACCACCGUUAUACUGACAGUUGGAACAUCCAAACUCUUCUCUCAAGCCGAUCAUAUUGUGGUACUUUCUUCUGAAGGUACAGUCGAUGACCAAGGUACCUUCCAGGAAUUGUGUACUCGGGGUAACAAUGCAGCCAAAUACAUCAUAUCAGCCGAAGAAGAUGCUCUCGACCAAAGCUCGACAAAGUCUACCUAUACCGAAGAUUUAACCAAAGCUAGAAUGGUCUAUGCUCAACAUGGCGACUAUCAGACUGACGACAAGAAGCUGGAUGCUGCUCGUCAACAGGGCGAUUUCAGCAUCUACCGAUACUACCUAGCUUGUAUUAGCUGGACUGUAGCGGCCAUCUUCUUACUUUUGCAGCUCGUAUAUGCAUUCCUCUCAACUUUUCCCACGAUCUGGCUCAAAUGGUGGGCAGAUGCGAAUAUGCGGGAGUCUGGUUCACGAUAUGGCUACUACAUCGGCAUCUACGCGGCGCUCCAAGUUGGGGCUUUGGCACUUUCUGCCGCAGUCGAAUGGUGGUCUUUCAAUGUUAUGGCUGUGAAAACAGGCAUACAACUUCACAACGCUCUUGCUAAGACUGUCAUGUCAGCACCCUUGGAUUUCUGGAGUAAGGUCGAUAGUGGGAAUAUUUUGACAAGGUUCAGUCAAGACAUACAACUUUUGGACAUACAAUUGCCGCUAGCUGUUAUGGUCGUCACAACCACUUCACUUGUCUGUAUUGCUCAAGUAGGACUAAUCGCCUCUGCUUCCGCUUGGAUAGCCCUCAGUUUCCCGGCGCUUUUUGCGGUGUUCUACUUCGUCCAAAAGUUCUAUCUUAGAACAUCGCGUCAGCUGAGAUACCUGGACCUUGAAGAGAAAGCACCGGUUUACACACAAUUCAUGGAGACUCUUGACGGGCUGGCAACCAUUCGUGCGUUCCAUUGGAGCCAGCGCUCAGUCAAACACAACUUCGAGAUCGUCGAUCGCUCUCAAAAGCCCAACUAUCUCACUUGGGCUCUCAAGAAAUGGCUGGCCUUGGUGCUCGACCUCGUCAUCACCGGUAUAGCCAUUUUGGUCGUGGGAGUUGUUGUUAGGUUGCGAGACAGCUCUUCAGCCGGCUUCACAGGUGUCUCGCUUACACAGAUCAUCUCGUUUACUACCAACAUCAAGUACUUGAUCAUGUUCUGGACCCAGCUCGAGAGCUCACUUGGUGCUGUGGCUAGGAUCAGACAGUUUGAGAAGGACACCGCCACUGAAGAACAACCUGAAGAGACUCAUGAUCCUGCAUUCGACUGGCCCAGCAGAGGCUCCAUCGAAAUCGACAAACUGUCUGCAAAAUACAGCCCUGACAGCGAACGAUUGACACUCGACGACAUCACUAUUUCCAUUCCAGCAGGCUCUAAAGUUGGCCUCUGCGGCAGAACAGGAAGCGGUAAAAGCUCUCUGCUUCUGACUCUAUUCAAUCUGCUCACACCCGGAUCUGGCAAUAUUACGAUCGACGGUCUCGACGUCUCAACUAUUCGCCGUGAGACCUUGCGCUCACGUCUCAUUUGUAUCGCCGAGGAGCCAUUCAUGUUUCCCUCAAGCGUUCGAGAUAACCUCGCCCUCGACUCCAUAACAAUCACAGACGAGCAAAUGGUCUCAGUCUUGCAGCAAGCCGGGCUCUGGGAAGCUGUUGAAGUCAAAGGUGGCCUAGACGCGGAGAUGAAUGAGGUGCAUCUGAGCCAGGGAUCCAAACAACUGUUCAAUAUUGCUAGGGCAUUAUUGAGGAAAGAUCAAGGUAAAGUGUUGAUCAUGGACGAAGCUACGAGCAGCGUCGAUACAGAGCGCGUCAUCAAUAUCCAAGCUCUUAUUCGCAAGGAGUUUUCCAGCCACACGAUCAUCUCUGUCGCGCAUAAGCUGGAGACAAUCGUCGACUUCGACUUUGUGGGCGUGUUGGACGAAGGCAGAUUGGUCGAGUAUGACAACCCGAAGGCUUUGUUGAAGCAAGAAGGUUCGAGAUUCAAAGAUCUGUGGGAUGAGAGAUGAAGCAACAACGAGAGUUGUAGGCCGAGUUCGUUGGUCGUUCCGCUCUUGUUCGCCAGCUGUACCGCUUACUUCUUCUGUUGGUCUCAAGCCCUGAUUACCAAAUCCGCACAUGUAUGUGUCAUAAUUCCCUCAAUCAACCGCACCUCUUUACUGC